AAACAUGAUAUGGUUUUGAGGGCGGGAAGAAGGAGGGCUGCGGGGUUCUCCGUUUAAGUCGCGGGAAAGGAAGAUGAAAGAAGAACAUUACAAACAGAAAAUAAAUUAGCGGGAAAACGAAGCUGUCAAUGGCAGGGGUAGAUGCUGCUAAAAUCGCCAUUGAACUUCAAGUGCUUAUUUUCGAUCGAUUGCAAGUGGUAUCUUACAAGUGGCUCAGCCGUAAUUUUUCAGUUCCAUCAAAUUCAGCUAAAAGGUUGCUUCAGGAGUUUGUUGAGCAGAAUGGUGAUGGUCUUGAAGUUAUAUAUGCUAUAUCUGGGUGGUCCAAAACAGAACCAGGGUGCUACUCUGUACGACUUGUUAAAAAAUCUAAGCUUGAAGAAGUGAAGGCAGAGUUUAAGGACCACUAUUCGGUGCAUAUCUAUAGUGUGCAAUCUUGCCUUCCUAAGGAUCCUGCGGAGCUGUGGGGUGCAGAGUUUGUACAGGCAGAAGGACUCUUUAAUCAGCCAUCAAGCGUGAACAACUGUUUCUGGGAUAAUAGAUUUAGUGCAGUGUCAUAUCCACUGGUGAAGCGCAACUUAAAUGGUAAAAGCACACGCAUUGGUCCACCCAUCUCUCAGCCACAACUGGCUUCAGCACCUGUUGUUGUAAAUGGAUUGCCCAAACAAAGUGUGUCUCUCCCUCAAGUACACGUACCUUCGACUACAGAGAAAUCUGUGGAAACAGUUCCAAAAGCUGCACCACAAUCAUCUGUCUCAGCAAUUGAUGUGAAGGAGGUUUCGGCAGGGAAGAGUGUAAAUGCUCCAACAGCUGCCACAAACAAAAAGAAGGGACAGAAUGGUAAAAAUUCUGAAGGCACAUUAGCAAGUUUGUGGGGUCGUGCAUCAAGCAAGCCAAAACCUACCUCCUCUCCAGCUCCUACAAAUCAUGUGAAUGCAGAUGUCCAGAUAAAUGCUUCGGAAGAUGCAGGCAAUGCCAGUAAUGCAUCAAGCAAGCCAAAGUCUAGCUCCCUUCCACCUCCAAAUCAUGGUGCCGAGAUAAAUGCUUCGGAAGAUGCAGGCAAUGGCAGUAAAGCAUCAAGCAAGCCAAAACCUAGCUCCACUCCACCUUCUACAAAUCAUGUGAAUGCAGAUGCCCAGAUAAAUGCUUGGGAAGAUGCAGGCAAUGCCAGUGAUGAAGAUGAAGAAGAUUUUUUUAGUACAAGAAGAGUCCAGUCAACCAAUGGUAGUGGAAGGAAGCGGCGCUUUGUUUUUGACAUGUCAGAUGAUGAAAAUGAAGACGACGUAAUUGUUUCCAAACCUGCUGCAAGCUUGGCCUCCCCAGAGCUUCCUAAGCAAACAUCUAAUGCUAAAGAGGAGGCUAAGACUUCGCAUAACAAAGAUGCAGCUCAAGAAAAUAAAGAUGUCAAAGCACAGGGAAAAGAAAAAACCAAGGCUACAUCUGCACGUAAAUCAACAGUGUCUGGCAAAUCAACAAAAGGUGUUCAGUCGAGAAAAACACAUGAUCAAAUGGAAGGCAAAGUUGAUCAUUCUGCUCACAAUAAUACUAAACCUGGGUCUGGUAUGGAAGAGAAAAACAUUUGUCCUGAAACUAAAACUUGUAAGUCAGAGUGCAUACCUUCUGAUGAUGCACCUGCAUCAAAUGCAGGUGUCAAGAAAAGGAAAGUUCUCAAAACACAUAUUGAUGGCCGAGGCCGUGAAGUCACUGAGGUUACAUGGGAGGUUGACGGUGUUGAAGAAGAAAAGGCUAAGGAUGUCCCUAUUACAGUAAAUUCUUCUGUGCCCAGGAAUGCCGAUAACAAGCCAAAAGAAACUGGCAAAGUAACAUCUGUAGAUCCUUCUCAUUCGGCCAAUCCAACCACAAAGCCUAGCAGUAAACACACACAAAAGGGUGCAGGGAAAGACACACGACAAGGAAAUAUUCUCUCAUUUUUCAAGAAGAGUUAGAAGGGUUUUAACAUGAAUGCAUAGUUGACUUGUAAGAAUGUUAAACCAAUGUAACACAAGCUGAUUUCACAUGAUAUAAAGCUUUGAUGUUGAGAGUGUAUAUUGUUCAGUGAGAUUUCUGGACUGCUAGAUCAAUGUGAAAUGAAAUUACCAACCAAUUGAAGGAUGUUUUUUCUAGUGAAAAUAAGUAGAAGGUUUAAAGUUUUGGAACAAAAAUAGUCCCUUUUAUGUUUUAUAUUUUUUCCAGUACUAUUCUAGAUUUUAAUUAUUCAUUUCAAAAUUUCAA